UUGACGUCACUCCCAUGUUUGGUCUUGCCAUUCGAAUUGCAGUUCUGAUGCUAACUCUUUAAUGUGACUUGAAAUCUACUCUUUAUCAUGUGGAGAUAUAUUCAAAAUCCUAAUUGAUAGAAACCUUGAUUAUGUGUUAAAUCAAAUAUUCAUUCUUACAUUGUCUUGUAGGCACUACUUUCGGUAAAAUACAUCAGGUUACUCGGCACCAUGAAUCUACGUGCAAUUACAUCAAACAUGUUGACAGGGUGUAACAUCAAACAAACUUUCCUUAACCAAACAGGUCCUAAUCUUAUUGAAACAAACAAAUUAAACAUGUUGAUAUCAUGUUACAAUUUUGAAACUAAUGCAUUUGCUGCCCAUAUAUGUUACCAUAACCAAAACUGCUGGUUAUGGCAACAAGAAGAUUUUUCGUCAUCCGAGCGGAACUGGGAAACAAAUCAACAGCUAACUGACUUUCUAUAAGUAACAAGUUACAAAUUUCAAUCCAUGGAUAAACUAACUUCUAAAAUCUCAGCAUCUUACCGCAAAAACUAACUUGCGAUCAUCAACAAAAAUGAAGGCGAAGAACAUCAAACAUUCUCAGCUCAGACGAAAUCUCAUCAUAUUAUCCCUCUUCUUCCUCUUUGCCCUAUACAUUGCCGUAAAAUCCAACUUCCAACCAAUCAGAAGGCCCUACUCAUCCUUCCUAUCAAUAUGCAACAAAAUCCCACCUUCUCUCUCCGAAACCCUAGUUCGCUACGCAACAACAAACGCAACACUCCUACAAACAUUCGAAGAAAUCUCCGUCACUUCAAGAAUCCUAAAAGAAAAAUCCCCAUGCAACUUCUUGGUCUUCGGCGUGGGCCACGACAGCCCCUUGUGGGCCACCCUAAACCAAGGUGGCCGAACUCUUUUCCUCGAGGAAUCAAAGUAUUGGACGCUCGAACUCAACAAAGAAAUCCCUUGGCUGGAAAUACGCCACGUCAUGUACAAGACUAAGGUGAGCGAGGCUAAAAAACUCUUCGAUAUCGGAAAAUCGAAACAAUGCCAAACUGUGGGUGAUCCGAGAUUAUCGAAAUGCCCGUUGGUGUUAAAGGAGCUACCGAGCGAAGUGUACGAAACGGAGUGGGACUUGAUAAUGGUGGAUGCACCGACUGCGUUUACUAAAAAUCUGCCUGGAAGAAUGACUGCUAUUUACACCGCCGGGCUACUGGCGAAGAAUAGAAGAGAUGGCGAAACUGAUGUUUUCGUGCAUGAUAUUGAUAGGGAUGUGGAGGAUAAAUUUUCGAGAAGUUUUUUGUGUGAGGGGUAUACAACAGAACAAGUUGGGAGAUUAAGGCAUUAUAGGAUUCCUAGUCAUAUGUCCGGUGAUCAUACGCCUUUUUGUCCGUAAAUUUCAAUAUUUUCGUUUAUUUUCUUGUUACAAAUAAAUUUUUAAUUUUUUUUCAAUGUGAAAUGAACUUCGCAGACACAUAUAUGUGCAGCCAUGAUGAUCAUUUUUUAGCAGUACUCAAAUAGAGAU